AUGAAGUACAGUCACAGGAAACUCGAAACGGAAAUUAUCUACUGGAAAAAGGGAACGACACCACCAACACUACUUUGCAGGAUGGGACGUGAUAUUUACAAGGACGAGACUCUACCAAUCCCUAAGGGUGUUACCGUUGACAUUAAGGCCCGUAAUGUCACCGUUACCGGUCCCCGUGGCUCUCUUAGCAAGAGCUUGCGCCAUAUUGACUUGGAAAUGAAGAAGCAAGGCAAUGUUAUCAAAUUCAUUGUCUGGCACGGUGCUCGUUUGCACAACGCUUGCCUUCGUACCGUAUACUCUAUCAUUAACAACAUGAUGAUUGGUGUUACUCAAGGUUUCCGCUACAAGAUGCGUCUUGUCUAUGCACACUUUCCCAUCAACAUCAACUUGUCCGAAAACGGUUCCGUUGUUGAGAUCCGCAACUUCUUGGGUGAGCGUAUCACUCGUGUCAUCAAGUGCUUGCCCGGUGUCACCGUUUCCAUGUCCGCUAACGUCAAGGAUGAAUUGAUCAUCGAGGGCAACUCUUUGGAAAACGUCUCUCAAUCCGCCGCCAACAUUAAGCAAGCUUGCAAUGUCCGCAACAAGGAUAUUCGUAAGUUUUUGGACGGUAUCUACGUUUCUGAGCGUGGUAACAUUUCCGAACUUGAGUAG